AUGGUAUUCAAAGAGCCUCUCUCGGCUACAGCCCUGGGAAUCCUUGUUCAUCUAGGGAUCUUCAUCCGAGGCGAAUGGCAUCUCCGAGCCCCAGCCGUGGUAAUUGUCCAUGCGGCUGCUCUCGCCACAGGUUCCACGAUCUGCGCAUACAACCGAGUAAUGAACUGGUGGAUUAGAGCAGGACUAUGCGUCGUCUGCUACAUAUGCGGCCUGUUCACCAGCAUUAUCAUCUACCGGCUGUUCUUUCACAGAAUACGACACUUUCCCGGGCCACGACUCGCUGCCAUGAGCAAACUAUGGAGUGUCUAUAAAUGCCUAGACUAUAAAAAUCACUUGUUCCUAGAAUCGUUACAUCAGCGAUAUGGGGAUUUCGAAAUUACCAUAUUUCACCCUGUCGGAUGGUUGGCCCUUGACGGAAAUGAUAACCUCAACAGUAGAUCAGACUGGUACGACCUGCUCCGUCCACGUGUCUCGCCUAUUUUCUCUCGCAACGAGAAAGACCACCUAGAGAGGCGCAAGUCAUGGAACCUUGCGUUAUCUACAAAGGGUGAUAUCACCCGUAAGUACAUCCCCCGCAUCAUCUCCCAAAUCGAAACCUUGCACACCAUUAUCGCCUCCGCCGCCACAAAUGCCACCCCGAUUCUCCUCAACGACAUCAUGCUCUGGUUUGCCUUCGACUCCAUGGGCGAAUUUGCCUUUGACCAGUCCUUCAACAUGCUCAAAAAUGGUACAUGGCACCGCCUCGUGAUUCAACAAAGGUCAGCACUCGCCCUGCUUGGCUCUUUGGGCCACACGGUCUGGGCCAUUCGAAUCGCAUUUGUAUUCUUCUCGCGCUUCUGGCGCAUCAGGGACUGGAUAAAUAUGAUAUCGUUCUGCGACCGGCAAAUUGAGCGCCGGUUGGCAAUUCAGCUUACAUCACUCGCUCCCACACCAGUAGAUGUAUCUGGGUACUUCAUCAAGGAGUACGAAGCGGGAAAGACGGCGGAGAAUGAGCGCGCGAAAUGGAGUCUCCUGAGUGGAAAUGCAGUUUCCGUUAUUAUAGGCGGGAGGUCUUCUGCUGGCAGUGACACGACUGGCUCAACUCUAAUAACCCUUUUCUACUUCCUUGCCCUCCAUCCUUCUUACGCAGAGCAAAUCCAUGAGGAACUAAGCUCCACUGAAAAUCCGACUGACAUCACUGUACUUGCAAAUAUGCCAGUUCUAAACGGGUUUAUUAACGAGAGCAUGCGUCUCAUUCCCGCAGCAUUGACUAUUGGAUCGCGUCUUACUCCAUCGCAGGGACUAACCAUCGACGGCAUCUACAUCCCAGGAAACAUCAAGCUGGUUGCCCCCAAGUACAGCAUCUACCGCCGUGGGUCAGUCUUUAUUGAGCCGAAUACGUUUAUUCCAGAACGAUGGUAUAGUAGGCCUGAGCUGGUUCGAGAUAAGAGCGUUUUUGCCCCAUUCGGGAUUGGGCGCAGAACCUGUGUUGGCAAAAACCUAGCUCUAACCCAGAUCCGCCUUAUACUCGCCCGGCUUCUUCCAUUGUAUACAGUGCGCUUCGCACCUGGUGAGACAGGAAAAGCUUUUGAACGAGAUUUGAGAGACCAGCUGACUGCACAGCCGGGGGCUUGCUGUGUUGUUUUUGAGCCGAGGCUGGGAAAAGAGCCCGUCGGCCGAGACCAUGUACCCAUAAGUUAG